AUGGCUCCGGGUAUAAAUCGUAGCACGAAACUGAUCAAGAAGCGCAGGAAGAAGAACAGGAUAUUGAAGAAUUUCGUCAAUUACCUCAACUCCAACUCUUACAUGUACGACCCUAUCGUCUCUUCUCAGAUAAUCAAUUGUCCACCACCCACAACGGAGACUACUUGUUCCGAAACCAAGAAAUCUGUAAAGAGAAACAAAAAUUUGCUGAAGAAGAUUGUGGAGUAUCUGAAAUCUGAUUCAUUCAUGUAUGCUCCUCUUUUAUCUCCUCCUCUUCCUUCUGAUCAUGAUGAGGCCACUGUUAGAACUUCUCAUGAAGGUAGACUUUCUCAGUUUCUCUCCCUCUACUUCUUUAUUUUGUUUCUCAAGAGACAACUAUAUAGGCAGAGAAGGAGACAGGAUUUGAAAGUUACCCGGGCUAAAUUGUUUUAA